AUGGAACAAAAAGAUUGUGAAGCACACAAUGAAGAUCUUUUUACAGGUAGUGGCAUCACAUCUAAUGGAGGUAGUUCAAGUCCAUUUUUUAUGUCAUCUAUUCGUGGUACAAUAAUUGAAAACACAUCUUCAGCUGGGACUUUGGCACAAAUUCCUCUGUUCCCUAAAUAUGAACUGGAACUUGAUUCUCAUAGAAAAAUUUCUUACCCUGCAAAGGAACACAUUGAACGUGUUUUGGAAGAAUAUUCAAAUCAAGUUAAAGAUUUGCAGAGAAAACUGUGUGAAAGCAAUGAACUACAUGAGAAACAAAAGUUUUACUUGAAGCAGUCAGUCAUUGAUUUGCAAACAAAACUUCAAGAGAUGCAAAUGGAAAGAGAUGCCAUGGCUGACAUCAGACGGAGAGAGAAUCAGUCCCAGGAUGAUUUAAGAAAUCAACUUCAGAAUACAGUUCAUGAACUUGAAGCUGCCAAAUGCCUCAAGGAGGACAUGCUAAAAGAUAGCAGUGCACAGAUAGAGCAGCUAAGAAAAAUGAUGCUCACUCAUGAAGGAGUGCUUCAAGAAAUCCGAACUGUCCUGGUUGACUUUGAAGAAGCCUCAGGCAAGAAAGUAUAUGAUCAUGAAAGCCUGCCUACUCUUCACAUCCGUAACUUGGGCUCAGCUGUUAGUAAAAUCUUGAGAGAUUUAGACACAGAGAUUUCUUAUCUUAAAGGGAGGAUAUUUCCAGUAGAAGAACAGCUUGAAGCACUAAAAUCUGAAUCACAGAACAAAAUAGAACUACUUCUUCAGCAACAUCAAGAUCGGAUUGAACAGUUAAUGAAUGAACAUGAAGUUGAAAUAUCAGGGCUUACUGAGAAAGCUAGCAGUGCUCGAAGCCAAGCCAAUAGCAUCCAAAGUCAGUUGGAAAUCAUUCAAGAACAAGCAAGAAACCAGAAUUCAAUGUAUAUGCGUCAGCUCAGUGACCUGGAAUCUACUGUUUCUCAGCUACGUUCUGAGUUAAGAGAAGCAAAAAGGAUGUAUGAAGACAAGAUAGAAGAGCUGGAGAAGCAACUAGUCCUUGCCAACUCAGAGCUAACUGAAGCACGGUCAGAGCGUGAUCAAAUCAGCCAGGAAUCUGGAAAUUUGGAUGAUCAACUUCAAAAACUGUUGGCUGAUCUACAUAAAAGAGAAAAGGAGUUGAGUCUGGAGAAAGAGCAGAAUAAACGUCUGUGGGAUCGAGACACAGGCAACAGCAUCACCAUUGACCACCUGCGACGGGAGCUUGAUGACAGGAACAUGGAGGUGCAGCGGCUGGAGGCGCUUCUCAAGGCCAUGAAGAGCGAGUGUCAGGGGCAGAUGGAGCGGCAGAUGGCAGCAAUUCAGGGAAAAAAUGAAAGUUUAGAAAAAGUGUCUUCCUUGACUGCUCAACUUGAAUCCACCAAAGAGAUGCUUCGCAAAGUAGUAGAAGAAUUGACAGCCAAAAAAAUGACGCUGGAGAGCUCAGAGAGAACUGUAUCAGAUCUGACAGCUUCCCUCCAGGAAAAAGAGAGAGCCAUAGAGGCUACCAAUGCAGAGAUCACGAAGCUUCGCUCCCGAGUGGACUUGAAAUUGCAGGAGCUGCAGCAUUUGAAAAAUGAAGGGGAUCAUCUCAGAAAUGUGCAGACUGAAUGUGAGGCCCUAAAGCUGCAGAUGGCAGAAAAGGACAAGGUAAUCGAGAUUUUGCGACAACAGAUUGAAAAUAUGACGCAGUUGGUUGGUCAGCAUGGACGAACUGCUGGUGCCAUGCAAGUAGAGAAAGCUCAACUUGAGAAAGAGAUCAAUGACAGGAGACUGGAACUACAGGAAUUCAAGAUUUUAAAAGAGAAAAAAGAUGCAAAGAUCCGGGAGCUUGAAGUCAGAGUGAGUGACCUAGAGCUGGAAAAGGUCAAGCUGGUGAAUGCAGGCUCCGAGCGGCUCCGUGCAGUGAAGGACCUGAAGCAAGAGAGAGACCAGUUAGUAAAUGAGGUGAAAACUACUAGAAAUGAAUUAAAUAGUCUGUCAGAGGACUAUGAAGUCUUAAAAAGGAAUUUUAGAAACAAAACUGAAGAAAUGGAAUCUACUACAAAUAAGCUAAAAAUGCAACUAAAAUCAGCACAGUCUGAGCUAGAACAAACAAGAAACACAUUAAAAUCAAUGGAAGGAUCUGAUGGUCAUGCCAUGAAAGUGGCAAUGGGGAUGCAAAAGCAAAUUACAGCCAAAAGAGGUCAGAUAGAUGCCCUUCAGAGCAAGAUACAGUUUUUAGAAGAAGCAAUGACAAAUGCAAAUAAGGAGAAGCAUUUCCUAAAAGAAGAAAAGAAUAAGCUCAGCCAGGAAUUGAGUAAUGUUUCAACAGAAAAAAACAAGAUGGCUGGGGAACUGGAUGUCCUGAGAUCUCAAGAACGUCGUUUGAAAGAAAAGGUUGCUAAUAUGGAAGUUGCUCUUGAUAAGGCAUCUUUGCAGUUUGCAGAAUGUCAAGAUAUAAUACAACGCCAGGAGCAAGAAUCUGUGCGCCUGAAACUUCAACACACUUUGGAUGUAAAAGAACUUCAGGGCCCUGGGUACACUUCAAAUUCUUCUGUGAAACCACGCAUUUUACAGCCAUCAGCUGCUGCUCGUUGUCAUUCUAAUGUCCCAUCUUCCCAGUCUACAGGAAGCUUCCUGUCUCAUCACUCUGUUAAAUCUAAUAUAAUGAAGGAAGAUCCAACAAGAGACCUGAAACAGCUUCUCCAGGAGUUGAGAAGUGUGAUCAACGAUGAACCUGCUGUACCUCUGAACAAACCCGAGGAGGAUGGGAGAGCGGCAUCUCUAGGCCUAGAUGAGAGAGUAAGAGAUUGUAUCGCUGAAUCAAGCCUGAGAGCAGAAAUAUGCCAUAGAAGCAGCAACUCGUUACACGAUUCCACUGAAGGCAGCAAAUCAACUGAAACUCUUAGCAGAUCCAGGAAAGCUGCCACCAAUAUCAAGCAGAUACAUGCUACAGCCAACCUCAGCUCCCAUGCCAAAGACACAACGGGCAUCAGAUAUUGCUUGCACAAAGCUGCUCCAUCUGCGAAAAAUUCACCUACUCGUUCAUUCCAUUCUUCUCCUAAGAAGUCUCCAGUGCACUCACUCCUAACUAGUUCAGUUGAGGGCUCAGUAGGUUCCACAUCACAAUUCAGAUCCACUAAACCUGUUCAUUCUCCUGAUAAUGUUAAAGUUUCACAGUCUCAGCCAAUAGAAACAACAGGGAAAACAUGUAGAAAACUCCAGAACAGACUGGAAAGUUUACAGACUCUGGUAGAAGAUUUACAACUGAAAAAUCAAGCAAUGUCUUCAAUGAUCAGAAAUCAAGAAAAAAGGAUACAGAAAGUGAAAGACCAGGAAAAAAUGUUACUGAAAUGA